AUGGAAUAUGAGAAACUUUGCCUUCUUCAUUACAAUGAGCUCAACUUGGCUGAGGAGAGUUGGAGUAGACAGAAGUCCAGAAUUAGAAGGUUAAACUUGGGUGACAAUAAUACGAAAUUUUUCCAUAAGAAAGUUGCUAGCCACAAGAUGAGGAACAAAAUUAUCUCUAUAUGUGAUGAUGGGGGUACUAGACUGGAAGAACCUCAAGCUGUUAAGGAGGAAAUUCUCAGAUUCUACAAUAAUAUGUUUGGUUCCAAAUUUGAGCAUAAAAGACCCACAAAUGAGAGGUUAACUUUCACUAACACUGUUCCUACCUCUUUUCAUGCUUCUCUCAUAUCUUCAGUUACUCCUGACGAGGUUAAGGUAGCUAAUUUUGCUAUAAAUGGUUACAACCUGCCCUCCUUCACAUUAUCAACAAAGCUCAAACAGCUUUUGUCAAAGGAAGGUCAAUCUCUGAUAACAUUCUCUUCAUGCAAGAACUUGUUAGGAACUGUUAAAGAGACUCUGGGCCAGCUAGAUGUAAGAAUUUGUAUUACUUUAGCUAUGUAUUCAAUUGUGAGAAAUGGGGAAUUGGAGGGCUUCUUCAAAGGGGAGAAAGGCCUUAGACAAGGAGACCCUAUAUCUUCAUAUCUUUUUCUCUUGAUAAUGGAAGGUCUAUAUGCAAUCCUCCAAAAGAAGAUUUCUGAGGGUCAGUUCAAUUACCAUCCAAAGUGUUCAGCUCUGUCUAUUUCUUAUUUUGCUUUUGCUUAUGAUUUAUUCUUAAUGGCUGGAACUGAUUGCCACUCCAUUGCUAUUCUCAAGAAAGCUCUGGAUGAUUUUUACCAUUCCUCUGGCCUUAAACCUAAUCUUCUCAAAAGCCAGAUCUUCUUUUCAGGUGUUAACCUUACUGUUAAGACUGAUAUUCUUAGCAUUCUUCCAAUUCCUGAAGGGUCUCUUCUUGUGAAAUACUUGGGAGUUCCCCGUAUUUCAACUAGACUCAAAUAUGAUGAUUGUGUUCAGUUAAAAGAAAGAACUCAACAGAGAAUUGCUAGUUGGUCAAACAGUUUGUUGUCUUUUUGGGGUCGGGCUUUGCUUAUUCAAUCUAAGAUUAUGAAAGAAGUUGAGGCUAUGUUACGGGCUUUCCUCUGGUCAGGUCUUAAACUCAAAAGAGGAGGAGCUAAAGUCAAGUGGAUGGAAGACACUUUGUGGGUUAAAUGGGUUCACAACUAUAUCAUAAAGGACCAGCAUUUUUGGGUGAUGAAGGUACCCUACGAUUGUUCAUGGACUGUGAGGAAAAUUCUUAAAUUGAGAGGUCUGGGUCAAAAUUUUGUUAAACAUCAUAUAGGCAAUGGUUUGGGUACUUCUUUAUGGUAUGACAAUUGGCAUCCAAGGGGGCCUCUCUAUAAGAUUCUGGACGACAGAACAAUGUCUAGUUUGGAUACAGUUGCAUCUGCGAAAGUUAGCUCAGUAAUCUCUAAUGGUGUUUGGCAUUGGCCUAGGCCAAGGAACAAUCCGAUUCAUCAAAUUCAGAUGGCUAUUCCUGGGAAUCUGGUUCCUCAAAUUGAGAUGGAAGAUGAAGUUCGGUGGCAUAUAUCACCUAAUGGUCAGUAUACAACUAAGCAUACUUGGGAAGCUAUAAGAUCCAAAAGUGAGAAAAUCCCUUGGGCAUCCCUAGUUUGGCUGAUAAGUCUUUGCAGCACUUAUUCUUUCAUUGCAGUUAUUCAACCAACAUUUGGGAAGUCAUUUUAUCCAGAUUUCAUAUUCAAAGGAAGGCUGGUCUAUGGAAUUCUGAAGUUAGUUAGGCAAUUCAUUUCUGUAGGGAUUUUGUUUCUUGCUCUUGUCAAGUUGCCGGGGCUUUCCUGCGGAGCCGCGUAA